AAUACAGAACAUCGUGUUAAAGUGGAAAAUACAAUUUCUCACUUAACAAAAUGGUAAUAGCAAUAGGAUUCGAAGGAAGUGCAAAUAAACUUGGAAUAGGUAUAGUUAAGGAUGGCGAAAUACUUGCAAAUUGCCGACGAACAUAUAUCACGCCGCCAGGUGAAGGUUUUCUACCAAGAGAAACUGCAGAACACCAUCAACAGAACAUUCAUGAAGUUCUCCAGGAAGCGCUUAAGCAAUCGGGCAUAAAACCUGAGGAAAUUGAUGUUGUCUGUUAUACUAAGGGACCAGGAAUGGGGGCACCGCUAAUGGUGUGCGCUAUUGUCGCUAGAACAUGCGCUAAACUCUGGAACAAACCCAUUCUUGGUGUCAAUCAUUGCAUAGGACAUAUUGAAAUGGGCAGACUGAUUACAAAAGCGAAUAAUCCAACAGUUCUGUAUGUGAGCGGAGGAAAUACACAGGUUAUUGCAUAUUCUAGACAGAGGUACAGAAUUUUCGGUGAGACGAUAGAUAUUGCCGUUGGUAAUUGUUUAGAUAGAUUUGCAAGGGUAUUAAAAUUAUCAAAUGCACCCAGUCCUGGCUACAACAUUGAGCAAAUGGCUAAAAAGGGAAAGAAGUAUUUACAUUUGCCAUAUUGUGUAAAAGGUAUGGAUGUCAGUUUUUCGGGAAUACUAUCGUUUAUGGAAGACAGAAUAGAUGAAUUAUUAAAGGAAUACACACCAGAAGAUCUGUGCUAUUCAUUACAAGAAACUGUAUUUGCAAUGCUGGUCGAAAUAACUGAGAGAGCCAUGGCUCACUGUGGUUCAGAUGAGGUAUUAAUAGUAGGAGGAGUUGGAUGUAAUGAACAUUUGCAAGAAAUGAUGGGCGUGAUGUGUUCAGAGAGAGGUGCAAAGAUAUUCGCAACUGAUGAAAGAUUCUGCAUAGAUAAUGGAGUUAUGAUUGCACAUGCCGGUGCAAUUGCAUAUGCAGCAGGCACUCGUAUGGAUUUUAAAGAUGCCACCAUAACCCAGAGAUAUCGAACAGAUGACGUUCUAGUCACUUGGAGAGAUGAUUAAAAAUGUAUUCAAAUUCUAUAUUUUUUUAAAUAUAUUGUUAAA